AUGAAGCUGGUAUGCAAAAAAUUUUAUGAGCUGAGUUGGAAUUGUGAGUUAUUGACAAAUAUAUGCUUUCAUAACUUUGGCUUGGAACUUUUUGCAGAGAUUAAGUAUAGAUGUGCUAAGAGACUAUAUAAAAUAAAGAAUAAUAUAGAGGAUAAAGUGAGGUACUUCAUAGAGACUACUACAGAAGAGGAAAAUAGUGAUUCCUUUGGGUCUGAUGAUCAAGAUAGACCUCAUCUUAGAUAGGAUGGCAACUCAAGUGCUGACGAUGAAAAUGCACUUAAAGAUUUCUUCAGAAGAAAUGCUAGAGAAGAAUAUGAAAAUAGAAAAUUGAUGAAAUAGAGUUUGAAAAAAAACCAAUUCCUGAUGAUAUAAGAGAAAGAUAUAAAGAAGAAUUGA